AUGUUGCAGCUAGAUUCAAAAUCAAUGUACAAACCUGAAUUUAACAAUCAGUCACAGUCAUCACUCCCAAAGCUCCCUGAGUUGAGUUUUCAAGAUGUUGAGAAAUAUUUUUCCGAUUUAUGGUUUCAACAAUUACCCAUCAGUGAAACGGUUAACAAAAGUGAAUACCGUUUAUCGAAUACAGCUGAAACAAAUCCUCGAAUGACUUCAUCAUCUGACGAACAGUUGUGUAACACUGAGAACCAUAUGUUAGCAAACCAAUUGUCUAUAUUUUCUAAAGAUACUGAUAGUCGUAAAAUCAGCACAGUUAUAAAUAGACGUAAAAGACGCUGGAAAACUAUGGCACGCGCUAUGAUUCCUAAAAUACAAUAUUGUUAA